AUGCGCCGUUUUUACCUGAUCGAGCCGGUGGUCAGCGUGUAUUCCUUUGGCAUGUUCAUGACCUACCCACUGGUCCAGCAGUACGUGUACCGGCGCCAGUGGGAGAGGAUCGUAGGCUCUCCCUACCCGACUGACCUCAACAACACCUCACGCUGCGGGGGAGCCAACCUGGGCAACCAGAGCAAUCAGCAUGGGGCCCAGCUCCAGGAAGUGCAGAGGGAGACGUCCCUGUUCCUCCUCCACAGCGAGCUGUGCUUCCUCUUCCCCAGCCUGCUCAUGUCCCUGCUGCUGCUGGCCUACAGCGACUUCCACGGCCGCAAGGUGGCCAUCGUGCCGCCCCUGCUGGGCGACAUCCUGUUCACGCUGGCCUACGCCGCGGUCAGCCGCUACUCGCUGGACCUGGGCUACCUGCUGGGCGCGGCGUUCGUGCGGGGGCUCUCGGGGGGGCCCUCGCCGCUCUUCGGCGCCUGCUUCGCCUACGUGGCGGACCGCUGCGGCGCUGUGGCCGACGAGAGCGGGGGGAAGCCCGGGAGGCGGACGGCGCGCAUGGCCCUGCUGGAGACGCUGCUGGGCGUCCAGUCGGGCCUGGCGUCCGUCGCCACGGGCUUCUACAUCCGCCUGGCCGGCUUCACCUGGCCCUUCCUGACCGCGGCCGCGCUCCACGUCCUCGUGCUGGCCUUCGUGCUCUUGGUCCUGCGGGAGUCUCUGGUCCCCGUGCCGCCGGCGCCCUUCACCUCCUCCGAGGCGCGCGCCUCGCGGCUGGCCACGGUGGCGUCGCGGCUGCGCGGCGUCUGGCGGCUCUUCUCCUCGGCCGGCCCGGUCGUGGCCCGGCGGCGGCGCGGUCCGCUCCUGGCGCUGGUGCUGGCCGCGCUGGGCUUCUACAACGUGGCGACGCUGGGCGGCAUGUCGCUCUUCCUGCUGUACGAGCUGAACGCGCCGCUCUGCUGGGACGAGGUGAUGGUGGGCUACGGCGCCGCGCUCUCCUCCGCCAUGUACCUGGGCAGCUUCGCCGGCGUCCGGCUGCUGUCCGGCCGCCUCGGCGACGUGCGCGUGGCGCUCCUGGGGCUCGGCUCGCUGGCCCUCGGCUUCCUCAUGGCCGCCUUUGCCAAGACCACCCUGCUCAUGUAUCUGGUGAGGGUCCCACUGCUCCUGUCAGUCAUGCCUUCACCACUGAUUCGCUCCAUGAUGUCUAAGAUGGUCACCAACUCUGAACAAGGGGCUGUGUUUGCGUGUGUGGCCUUCAUGGAGAUGGUCAGUGUUGGCGUGUCCUUCCCCACGUUCAGCAGCCUGUACGUGGCCACCGUCUCCUGGUUCCCCGGCUUCAGCUUCCUCCUGGCGGCACUCAUCACUCUGAUCCCUGUCACCUUCAUCUGGUGA